AUGCCUCGCCAGGCCGCCUCGCGGUUGGUGGUGGGAGAAGGUGAAGGACCCCCGGGGGCUUCAGGGCCCGCGGCCACCAUGCUCCGCUCCCUGCUGCUUCACUCUCUGAGGCUCUGCGCCCAGACCGCCUCGUGCCUCGUGCUGUUCCCGCGCUUCCUGGGCACGGCCUUCAUGCUCUGGCUUUUAGAUUUCUUAUGCAUCCGCAAGCAUUUCCUGCGCCGUCGCCAUCCUGACCACCCUGAGCCCGAAGUAGAGCUCAACAGUGAAGGCGAGGAGGUGCCCCCCGACGACCCACCCAUCUGCGUAUCGGACGACAACCGUCUGUGUACCCUGGCCUCUCUCAAGGCCGUGUGGCAUGGCCAGAAGUUGGAUUUCUUCAAGCAGGCCCACGAGGGUGGCCCUGCGCCUAACUCGGAGGUCAUCCGACCUGAUGGCUUCCAAAGCCAGCGCAUCCUCGACUACGCACAAGGGAGCCGCCCGCUGGUGCUCAAUUUUGGCAGCUGUACCUGACCACCGUUCAUGGCGCGAAUGAGCGCCUUCCAGCGCCUGGUCACCAAGUACCAACGUGACGUCGACUUCCUCAUUAUCUACAUCGAGGAAGCCCAUCCAUCCGACGGCUGGGUCACCUCAGAUUCGCCCUACACCAUCCCACAGCACCGCAGCCUGGAGGACCGUGUCAGUGCGGCAAGGGUCCUGCAGCAAGGUGCACCUGGCUGUCCUCUGGUCCUGGACACCAUGGCCAACUCCAGCAGUUCUGCAUAUGGUGCCUAUUUUGAGCGCCUCUACGUCAUCCAGAGUGGCACCAUCAUGUACCAGGGAGGCCGUGGCCCCGAUGGGUACCAGGUGUCUGAGCUGCGCACUUGGCUGGAGCGCUAUGACGAGCAGUUGCACGGUACUAGGCCACGCCAAUUCUAAAUAACCAAGGGACCAGUGACAGACAUUGGCGGGCUGGGUCCUCGGGCCUUCGAAGCCCACAUGCUAGUGCUACAAACGAAGUCAAGAUUUUCGGGGUGCCCAUGACACAGAUGUGCACAGCCACAGAACUCAGAACUGAGUCUGGCUCUCAGCCAACUAAAGACUUAACAUCCCUAAGACUCUGCUAUAGUGACUCCCUUUUGUACCUGCUUGGCUUGCUCUCGGGAGCAUUGCUGUGGCUUGAACUGGCAACUUUGUCCCUGCUGGAGUUUACCUGCUGGACUUUCUCACACUUGCUCCCCAGCGCUCCUCCAGCAACUCCAUAGUCCCCAGCAUCUCACAGAUCAGACUUGUCGGCCACGCCCGCGCGCGCGCCCUGAGCGCAGCUGGGUUCCAGCAGCGCCACAGGCUCUUGCUAGUUGCCUGGCACCCACCUGUCGCGCGCAGGGAG